AUGGUCCAUCUCGAUCCGUUGCGGCUGUGCCGCAAGAAGCGGAAGAUACCGCAAGGCGGUGCGAUACUGGACCAGGUCAUCUCGCAGUCGGCGUCCGCCUCCAACCAGUGUCUGCUGUACAAGAUGGCGAACUACAAGCGCGGCGGUGACCUGAUCGACGCGUUCCAGAUCGGCGGCCAGAAGGCGGUGGAGCAGCUGAUCCGCGAGCAGUUCGGCGUGUUUAUGUACAACAAGGGCCGCGGGCAAAUCAUCAACCGAGCCGAGUAUCUGCGCUGGAAGUACAUGGACAACCAUGAGGUGAUCAUUCCCAUCGAGGCGUCGCUGUCGCCGCACGAUCCGCUCAGCAAAUGGGUCGACCAUAAGGCAUGCUGGCAGAUGCAGUACCGCGGUCUGCUGGGGGAAAGCCUGCUGCACGUGCUGAUCAUUUGCGACACGAAGGUGCACACCAAGCUUGCCCGAAUCUUGCUGCGAGUUUUCCCCGAGCAAGCGAUCGACGUGAUGGAAGGCGAGGAGUACCUGGGCGCUAGCGCGUUGCACCUAGCGAUUGCGUACAGCAACAACGAGCUGGUUGGCGACCUCAUCGACGCCGGUGCGGACGUGUCGCAGCGCGCGACGGGUCGCUUCUUUCUGCCGCGCGACCAGCAGGGCCUGCGCCCGGUCAAGACCACCGACUACGAGGGGCUGGCGUACCUUGGCGAGUACCCGCUGGCCUGGGCCGCCUGCUGCGCCAACGAGUCCGUGUACAACCUGCUGCUGGAGUGCGGUGCCGAUCCGAACGCGCAGGACAGCUUCGGCAACAUGAUCCUGCACAUGGUGGUGGUGUGCGACAAGCUGGACAUGUUCGGGUACGCGCUGCGCCAUCCGAAGCUGCCGUGCAAGAACGGCAUCGUGAACGCGGCCGGCCUGACACCGCUGACGCUCGCUUGCCGGCUGGGCCGGGACGAGGUGUUCCGCGAGAUGUUGGAGCUGUCGGCGCGUGAGUUCUGGCGCUACAGUAACAUCACCUGCUCCGGCUACCCGCUGAACGCGCUCGACACACUGAUGCCGGACGGCAGCACCAACUGGAACUCGGCGCUGUUCAUCAUCCUGAACGGCACGAAGGAGGAGCACCUGAACAUGCUCGACGGCGGUAUCGUCGAGCGGCUGCUGGACGAGAAGUGGAAGACGUUCGCGCGCAACCAGUUCCUGAAGCGCCUGCUCAUCCUCGCCAUUCACCUGUUUUGCCUGUCGUGCUCGGUGUACCUGCGGCCGGUGCGCAUCUUCGACGACGAUGACGGCGGCUCCGAUGACGCCGGCGCGGACGGCGACAGCGGUGGAAACAGCGGUGAGGAGGAGGACCGCGGUGGUGAUGGUGGCGACGCAGAUCCGAUCGAUUUGAGCACCUGGGUGCGGUACGGGUUCGAGGUGGCCACCGUGAUGGGUGUGCUGAGCUACGUCGUGCUGCAGCAGGGCGACGAGAUCAAGAAUCAGGGAUUCUUCUCCUUCCUAAAGUCGCUGGGCCAAGCGCCGGCGAAGGCUAUAUUUCUCAUCUCCAACAUCCUGAUCCUGGCCUGCAUUCCGCUGCGCAUCAUGGGCGACACCGAAACGGAGGAAGCGAUUCUGCUGUUCGCCGUCCCCGGGAGUUGGUUUCUGCUGAUGUUUUUCGCCGGUGCGAUCGGACUGACGGGACCUUUCGUGACGAUGAUUUUCUCCAUGAUCACCGGCGACAUGUUUACCUUCGGCAUCAUCUACAUGAUCGUGCUGUUCGGGUUCUCGCAGGCGUUCUUCUUUCUCUACAAGGGCCACCCGAACGCGGAGGACUCCCCCUUUGGCAGCUACUUCGGCACCUGGAUGGCACUGUUCCAGACCACACUGGGCGACUACGACUACGCCGAUCUCAACCUCACCACGUACCCGAACCUGGCCAAGACGGUGUUCGUCAUCUUCAUGAUCUUCGUGCCGAUUCUGCUGCUCAACAUGUUGAUCGCCAUGAUGGGCAACACGUACGCGUACGUGAUCGAGCAGGCGGAAAAGGAGGGCAUGAAGCAGUGGGCCAAGAUCGUCGUCAAUCUCGAGCGGGCGGUGACGCAGGACGAUGCGAAGCGCUACCUGGAGGAGUACUCGAUCGGGCUCGGACCGUCGGACGAUCCGCGGUACGAGACGCGCGGCGUCAUGGUGAUCAAGAGCAAGAGCAAGACGCGCGCCCGCCAGCGGAAGGGCGCAGUCAGCAACUGGAAGAGCGUGCUGCGCGUCACCCUCAACGAGCUGAAGAAGCGUGACAUGACGGGCGAGGAGCUGCGGCGCAUCAUGUGGGGCCGCUCGUCCAUCACGUCGCCGGCGAAGAUCGCGAAGAAGAAGCGACCGGGCGAGGAUGACCUGAGCGAUCCGUUCGCCAUCACGGCCGCCAUCGACGUGAUGUCGUUCACGCAGGACAUCGUCAUGGUGAGCACGGAGACGGUGGUCGUCCCGAUGGCGCCAGUCGCUCCCACCACCACCCCUGGGAGUCGGCCCGCUCCCACCGUUCCUCCAACGGCUACGUCUACGGCGAUGUUUGCACCGCACGCCGGAGCAGCGUCGGCACCCCGUUCCGCACCGAUCGCGCCGGCUGCGACGGGAACCGGUGGCGCACCACCGAGACGCCACUCGACAGCCAGCGCACCAGCGGCCAUGGGUCUCGGGGCGGAGACGAAGGCCGACUACCGCGAUCCACUGCGCGAGCUGGUGAUGAUCUCCGAGUCCACCUCGGUGGACGAAAACUACGCGCAGAACGUCAAAACGCUCGCCAUCGACGCGUCGACGCUGGAUCAUGUGCACGAGAUUGACAUUUCGUCGAUGCAGCGUCCACCCGGCCAGAGUCAGUACCCGCUCCAGCAGCAAGGACCGGCUCAGCCAAUGCAACAGCAGCAGCUGCAGCAGCAACAACAGCAACAGCAGCAGCAACAGCCGAACCAGCUACAGGGCCAGCUGACACUCUUCCAGAACCCGAAGGACAUCGUCGACCCGGUCCGGGAGCGCGAGUUCCUCAAGACGCUCGAGGCGCUCGAGGACACGGACAGCGAGGCGGGCGAGAAACCGGUCCUCGGCAAGAUAUCGCUCAUCCGGCGGGCAAAGUCGGCCGUCUCCCGCAGCACGUCACGCAAGCGCAAAACCGACCAGCACCCGCUGUUCAUGAUCGCCUGGGAGGACAAGGGUACGCUCGGCGGGCCGGCGGAUCUGAUGCCGAGCAUGCUGCCCUACACCGACGACGGCUUGCACCACCACCAGCAAGCGCAUCCGUCCGCGCACACAUGCGAGACGGGCGAUGGCACAGCCGCUGGCGACGCCGCCCUCCAACGGGACGAACCGGACAACGACGCCGUCACGGUGGAGGAGCUGCACCGGCGCAUGGAGCAGUUUCACCAGCGCAGCCGUGCGUCCUCCGUCCGCGAGCGGGACGUCAACUCGAGCGAAAGCAGCGGCAAGCACGGCAAGGCGCGGAAGCCGGCGCACGGGCGCGGCAAGCACAACAAAAUAUCUCCCGACAACUCCAACGAGAGCAUCGGGGGCGGCAGCGGCGGCGGCAAGCCGGACAAGCGCAUGAAGUCGGCACCGAUACUGGGCGGUGGUGGCGGAGGUGCCGGUGGAUCGAGCGCCGCGGUGCGUCACGGUGGGGCGAGAGGCGAAACCGGCACGGGCUCGCCGCCGGAUCCGCUCGAACCGUGGAGCACCAAGAACAUCAUGAACAUCAACCGGCUGCUCGAUCAGGACACGACCGAAGAGUAG